AUGGUCUUUAAAAAACCUAACUUUGGUCCCCCGCCAGAAAACUAUAUAGCUGGACUAGGAAGAGGAGCGAGUGGCUUUGUGACUAGAGCAGAUUUCGGGCCUUCGAAAGUUGGAGUGGCAUCUGUAGGAGGUUAAGCUGUAGAACUACCUGCUGGAACCCAGGGUCCCACCUAGAUUAGACAAGCCCCGACUGCAGCCUUAAGAGAGCUAACAAGUUUGGGAAAUAAAGCUGCUGAGAAAGAAUAGGAUUUUUCAGAUGCAAACUUUGAUGAGUGGAGUGGCUUCGGUGGUAGUUUAUUUUCAGGUGGAGGGGGCGGAGACGAUGUUGAAGACAAGGAAGCUGACAAUAUCUUCUCCAAGGUUGACGAGUAUAUGGACAAUCGCCGCAAGAGGAAAAGAGAGGAGAAGUUCAAAGAGUAGGAAGAGAAACUAGAGAAAGAUAAGAAGGACAUUCAGAGCUAGUUCGCUGAUUUGAAGAGAUCUUUGGUUAAUAUAAGCAGAUCCGAGUGGGAGGCUCUGCCUGAUGCUCCAGAUCUAGUCAAGAGAACAAAGAGGCAAAAGGUCGAUAAUUUUCAGAGAUAUACUCCAGUUCCAGACACAGUUAUUAACAGUGCAAGAAUCGACGGUCAAUCAAAUACAUUCAUUGAUCCAAAUCAAAUACAAGGCAUGCAAUCUUCACUCAUUCAGCAAAGUAAUGGCUUCCAGAGUGUGGCAAACGGAGGUAUGACUAGUAGUAUUGGAGAUAUCGGUCUGGCUAGAGGUCAACUAUUGCAGAUUAAGCUUGCAUCUGCGGAGUCAGUGAUAUCUAAUGUUUAAAAGUCUACAACAACUUUUGAUAAGGAAGGCUACAUGACUUAGCUUAAUAGUCAGCAGUUCAAUAAUCUUCACGAUAUCAAGUAAGCUAAAUAGAAAUAUUAAUUGAUAUAUAGCGACUUUAAAAAGGCAAGAAAGAUGUUUAAAUCAGUUAUCUAGCAAAAUCCUUAGAAUUCCAUGGGUUGGAUUGCAGCAGCCAGAAUUGAGCAUUUAGAUGGGAAGAUCUAAGAAGCCAGAAACAUAAUAAACUAGGCUUGUCAUGAACUCCCUAAUGAUGAGGAUAUUUGGCUUGAAGCAGCAAAACUAUGUCCACCAGAAAAGGUUUAGCCAUUGCUUGCGAAGGCAAUUAGUAGUAUCCCAAAGUCUAAAAAGUUAUGGCAGAUGGCAGCAAUAAAGGAAUAAGAUAUAGACAUCAAGAAGCAAAUUUAUCAAAGAGCUCUCGAAUAACUACCUCAUGAUCUAGACUUAUGGAAAGACACUAUCUAGCUUGCCAAUCCUGAGGAAGCUAUCGCUCUGCUUUACAGAGCUGUGAAGUGUGUACCUGACUCUACUGACUUAUGGCUUGCUCUUGCAAAGCUGGAAACAUAUGAGAAUGCUAGAACUGUACUUAAUGAAGCCAGAGAAGCAGUUCCAACAGAUCACACUAUAUGGGUUAAUGCUGCUAAACUUGAAGAAGCUUAAGGAAAUAAUUAAUUAGUCGAUAAGAUCAUCAACAGAGCUAUUAAAAAAUUGUCUAAAAAUGGAGUCUCGAUUAAAAGAGAAUAAUGGCUAAGAGAAGCAGUAAUGGCAGAAGAGAGUGGAAGCAUGAUAACUUGCAGAGCUAUUAUAAAGGAAACUAUGCACUACGGAAUGGAGGACAUCCUCAGUACGUACUAGGACGAAGCUGAGCAGAAACGCCAAAUCAGAUCCAUUUGGAAGGAAAAUGCUGAGGACUGUCUGAAGCAAUCAGCUAUCGAGACAGCAAGAGCAAUCUUCUUUAAUGCUAUCAAAGAAUUCCCUAGCAAAAAGAGUCUUUGGUUUGAUGCCAUUCAACUUGAAGAAGAGUAUGGGACCAAGGAAAAUCAGUAGGACUUGCUCAAAAGAGCCAAGGAACACACUGGCAGUGUUUUCUUCUAUCUCAAAUUGGCUAAGUUCACCUGGAAAAAUCAUCAUGACUAAGAUUAGACUAGAAAUAUACUGAUGGAGGGAUACUCAAAGCAUUCAGACUCGGAAGAUAUAGUACUAGCGAUUUAGAAGUUUGAAAGAGAUAAUAAAAAUUAUCAGUAAGCUGAAAAGUUAUUAAGUGAAGCCAUAUCCCAAAUAGAAAGUGAAAGAAUUGCUUUAUAAGCAGUUUAGCUUCAAAGAGAGCUAAAUAGCCUUGACAAUGCAUUAAAAACUGUGGAUGAGCAGCUGAUUAAAUACAGAAAUUUCUUCAAACUUUGGCUUGUUAAAGCCCAUAUACUGCAAGCAUUAGGAACUUAGAGUGCAUAAAAUGAAAUAAAAGCCAUUGAGUAUUAUAACUAAUCGAGAUCAGUGUAUGAUGAGGCUUUAACUCUAGAUGAGAUCAAGACAAAAAGAGUAGUGUGGCUAGACUAUGCCAGAUUUGAAACUGAUCAAGGAGCUUUUACAAGAGCAAGAACUAUACUAUAAAAGGCAAGAAUAAGGAUACCAACAGAUGAUGAAAUCUGGCUAGCCUCUGUUAGAUUAGAGAUCAAAAGUGAUAAUCUGAAGAUAGCCUAGAAUUUGCUCUCCCAAGCUUUGCAAAAAUGUCCCUUGUCAGGUAGACUAUGGGCAUAGCUUAUUGAGAUGGAACCAAUGGCCACUAGAAAGACCUAGUCACUGAACGCAGCUACUAAAGUUGGCAAUGACUCUGAUUUGUUUUUGGCUGUAGCAAAGGUAUUGUGGACAGAGAUGAAGACUGAGAAAAUGAAGAAGUGGAUCUAAAAUGCGAUCGCUAUCAAUAAGGACAAUGGAGAUGCUUGGGCACUAUCUCUUAGAUUUGAAAUGGAAUUUGGAACAAAGGAGACAUAAUAGGAGAUAAUAGAUAAGUUCCUUGAAGCUGAGCCCAGACACGGAGAGAUGUGGACAAAAGAGAUAAAGUAAGUUGAAAACUGGAGAAAAAAUAAAGUAGACAUCCUUAAAAAAGUAGCCAAAGAGAUCAAGAUGUAUGAUGAGAUGUGA